CCAUUUAGCACUUGAAGAAAGGGCCCCAAAAUUCUUACUUUAAUCAGCGAUAAUGGCAGCAAACAAGGCCCCUAAGUCAUCAAGUAUCUCGCCGCUCAAGACUUGUAAACACAGACCCUUUCACUAGUGAAAAGCACGCUCAAAAGAGGACUCUUUUAUCACUGAAAAUAGUCUCUGAACAAAGUUGAUCAAUCUUUAAUUCUGUCUUUUCAACUUGAUUUAGAAUAUUGUACACUUCUUUCAUUCCUUCACUUUCACUAUUGGUCCAAUCAAUCAGAUUAUAUAAAAUCAAACUUCCCUGUAUCACUCUUCAUCCUGCUAGAGUUACACAUUCCACCUACCAUGAAAGAGAUAAGUAUGGAUGGUUUGAAAAGCGCGGCAAAUAAGUUGACAAACAUAGAUGAAAAUAGUCCUGCGAAAUGGCUUCCAACAUCUGUUCCUCCACCAGAAACUCCAACUGAGUCCAUGGAGUUCUUAGCAAGAUCAUGGAGUGUUUCAGCAACAGAGCUCUCCAAGGCCCUCACCAUGCCCAAAAAGCCUGAGAAGACAGCAUUUGAGUUUCUUAGUGAUGAACUCAAUCUGAAUGUCACUGAUAGCUUGCUGUCAAAUGAUUAUGAAGUGGAACGACCGAGAUGUGGAGAUAGUCCUCCAAUUUCUCCUAGAGGGAGUGAUGACACUAAGGAACUCUUCUUACUUCAUCAAGCACUUCACCCUGAUUUUCUAUCGAAUCAACAGCUGUUACGAAGUGGGUUAUGCAAAAGCAUAAUAAAAGGGAGAACGAUGGGGAGACGGAUGAAAGAUCAAAGGGAGAGAAAGAAGCAUGAAAUUAGAACUCACAAUGAACAGCUACAUGCUGCAGUGUCAGUAGCAGGUGUAGCUGCUGCUGUUGCGUCUCUAACAGCCUCAAAUGCAACACCGACAGAAGUAUCAUCUGGCCUCAAAGCCUCAACUGCCCUUGCAUCUGCUGCUGCACUAGUAGCAUCACACUGCAUUGAGAUUGCAGAGGAAAUGGGGGCUGAUCAACAUCAAAUCUUUACAGCUGUUAAUUCUGCAAUAAAUGCAAGGACUAAUGGUGAUAUAAUGACUUUAACAGCAGGUGCAGCUACAGCGCUUAGAGGAGCUGCAACCUUGAAAACAAGAUUACAGAAGGGACAUGCAGGGGGUCUUGCUCUCAGUGAGGAGCACUCUGAAGAUGGCAGAGAAUCAAACUCAAUGACCGCCAUGAACUUUGUGAUGCAGGGUGGAGAACUUCUGAAACGUACCAGAAAAGGUGAUUUACACUGGAAGCAAGUCUCUUUCAGCAUAAAUUCAACAUUGGAGAUAGUGGUUAAACUAAAAAGCACGCAUAUUGCAGGGGCAUUCACAAAAAAGAAGAAAUUUAUAGUAAAUGGAGUAUACUCUGAUAUUCUAGCAUGGCCAGCGAGAGAGCGAGAAGACAAUAGCGAGCAGAAGGCUUACUUUGGGAUACAAACAGUUGACAGAGUUGUAGAAUUUGAAUGUAAAAACAAAGGCGAAAAACAAAUGUGGACUGAUGGGAUCCAAAACCUGCUGAAUUGCCGCAUUAAUAUGUAAUCACGAACUACUGUAAGAGUUGAGCUGCAGGAUGGCUGGUGUAAAAUCUGAGAUUUCUUUCACUAGUGCAAAAUGAGAAUAAAGUUCCUGAUUAAAUCU